CACACAAGUAAACAAUUCAGGACGUUCUUGAGUCGCUUAUCUCGUACUCUGCACGUUGUGAGAGUGGCGCGAGAUCCGCCGUAUCUGCAGAACAAGCUGUGCACGAGCGAGCGAGAGAGGGAGGGAAAGAGAGCGAGCGAUAGAGAGAGCGAGAGAAAGAGAGAGAGCGCGAGACAACGACAGUCGGACUGUUGGUCGGUAUGCGGAGUAACAGCAAUGUUGCUUUUGUUCUUUGUUGAGGCCAAAAAAUGACAAAUGUCAGAAGAAGCGUUUUAGCGAUUUACGUACUUUCUUUGGCUUUUGCCUCAAGCGCAGGACAAACUUUUGAAAGCAAAGUUGAACAGUUGCUUCAUGACGAGCCGGAGAACAUAAAAUGUUUUACUGAGACCUUGAGGGACCUAACCUGCUUCUGGGAUGAAAAGGAAGACAGGAAUAGUUUCUUCGACCAGUACACAUUCACCUACCAAUACCAGAAUGAAAACAGCAGCGUGUGUGCCGUGUCUAUGCUGGGAGCAGCUGGAAAGCAGCUAUACCUCUGCAGACUGUCCCGAAUUGAGUUCUUCGUGCCACUCCACCUGAGCGUGUAUCAGGGGGGAAGGGAACUCUACAACCGCAGCCUCUCAAUUGACCAAGUCUUGCUAUUGGAUCCUCCUGCCAAUGUUACUGUGGUGAGGACAAGACAACAGGGGCAGCUGAAUGUCACCUGGCUGCCUCCAGCCCUUAAGUACAUGGACGACAGUAUGAUGUACGAGGUCAGAUAUGUCGUGGAGGGGAGCCCCAUGAGAAAGGAAAUAGUGAAGGACAGCACAAAGCUCACCCUGCGUGGCCUUCAACCAAACAGCAAGUACAAAGUGUGGGUCCGUGUCAAACUUGAUGGCAUCAGCUAUAAUGGUUACUGGAGCGCUUGGUCUGAUCCUGUGUUUGGGACUACUCCCCCAAGUGACUUGGACCCAUUGAUUUUGGUACUGGUUCUCAUCAUCUCUCUGAUCCUCAUCCUGCUGUCUCUCACUGUUCUUCUGUCCCAUCACAAAUUCCUGUUAAAGAAAUUGUGGCCCAAUAUCCCUUCACCUGAGCGCAAGUUCCCAGGUCUCUUUACUGUCUACAAGGGAGACUUCCAGGAGUGGCUUGGCCACAAUAAUGGCAGCACGUGGCCAGUCCACAUGUACACCGAGGAGCUUCCAGCCCCUCUGGAAGUGUUGUCAGAGGCAAGUCUGCCAGCACCACUUCCCAGUCACAUACCUAACCCGAGGCCAGCAGCCAUGCCUAGAGCAGCUCCCUUCUCCAGAGAGGAGUCAGACACCAUCGAAGAAGGGGAGGAUCAGUUAGCGACAAGGGGCAUGGUUGCAGGUUUGCUUGACAGAUGGCAAGAACCUCGUCACACCCACUGGUUGAUGGAGCAGCUAAGGGCCCUUCAGGAACAUCCGGAAGCCCUAUCUCAAUCAUCACUCCUUGAAUCGCAAGACACAUACGUGACUCUCAACCAGAACUCUCAACACACCAAAGAAGAUGAGCAAGGGGACGAUAUCUUGGAGGAGUCACUGCCCCUGCAGGCCCUCUUCGCCAGCAGAGGGACCUCUUUGUCAGCUGCCUCCCAUUCCGAUCUCGGCUCCCUCCAGCAAAGCUCUGGGUCAGGAAGACUGUCUUCCCAGUCGAGUUUCGAGUAUCCAAACCACACAUGGCCGCCUAAAGGGCCAGGAUAUACUUACAUGGCUGUGGCAGACUCAGGAGUCUCCAUGGACUACAGUCCAAUGAGCUCCAGCAGAAUAACAGACAUGGGCAAAGGUGUCAUCUAUACCAAUGAGUACAAGAACGACAUUCUUGGGCACAGACAGCCACUCUCUGGCCAACCAAUUCACUCUCAGUACUGAUCGAAAGACUGCAUGGUGCAUAAAAAAGACAGAUGUUUUACAAAAUAAUGCCAAAAAGACAUCAUGUACUGUGCAGAAUAUUCCAAAAAAAAAGGACAUUUAUGUCUAGGACAAUAAGGAGCAGUGGAGAGAAGUUCACAGCCAGGAUAUUUUCACUGCUAACUUUUAAGACAUACAAGACAACGUAACACUUGAGGAAUCUAAGAAUCUCAGACAAUUGUACUUGGAUAACAUAAGCUAUUCCUUUGAUCUCCUACAUUUUUGUGAAAAUAAAAACUUUAACCAUGGCAGCUGUUGAAGUAAAACAAAGCCUGAUAUUUUGAUAUAUUUCUGUACAGUACACCACAUAUCACAGGCAACCUUUAAAAAGGUUUUUAUUUUUUACACUUGUAUUGAGUUAAAUGUUACUGCAGGAGGUUGAUUAAGUUUGGUCUUCCAGAAAAGCUUAUCAACAAUCCCCAUAUUUUAAGGUUGUGUGUCAAUGUACUCUGUUUUGUGUUGGUCACCCUGAAUGUCACAAGGGUUCAGCUGUUGUAAAGACUGUAGGUAACCUAAUUAUCAUACCAGGUGUAAAUAGCAUUGUUGUUUCAACAUAACGUGCUUUCAAACCUUUUAGUAUUUAAUUAUUGCAUCUACCUGUCUACUCAUAUAAAACGACUCUUACAUCAGUUUUGUAAUUUAAUGUCAUUACGUUUUCAGCAUAAUGUAAGUGUUAUCCAACUAUGCUCUAUUGUAAAAAAAUUCCGAAAACAAUUUCCAUAACUGUUUACUGAAUGUCUAUCAAACACUAUUUUAAAGGCCUGUAACACCUUAUCAGCAUCACAUUUUUCUUAACAAAUAACAAAUAUAAUUUUGCAGAAUAAACAGAACCUACUCAGUA